AUGGGGAUGCUCAAUGCCACCGCCUUCAAUGCCUCGGCGUGGCCGGAGACCGGCCAGUACUCGGCCGGGGCGGUGGCCGGCUUGUCCGCGCUGGUGGGCUUCCUGAUCCUGUUCACCAUCGCGGGCAACACCCUGGUGGUGAUCGCGGUGCUGACCAGCCGGGCCCUGCGGGCCCCCCAGAACCUGUUCCUGGUGUCCCUGGCCAGCGCGGACAUCCUGGUGGCCGCCCUGGUCAUGCCCUUCUCGCUGGCCAACGAGCUGAUGGGCUACUGGUACUUCGGGGCGGUCUGGUGCGACGUCUACCUGGCUUUGGACGUGCUGUUCUGCACCUCGUCCAUCGUGCACCUGUGUGCCAUCAGCCUGGACAGGUACUGGUCCAUUGUCAAGGCGGUGGAGUACAACUUGAAGAGGACUCCUGGCCGGAUCAAGGGGGCCAUCGUCAGCGUGUGGUUGACCUCGGCCAUCAUCUCCUUCCCCCCCCUCAUCUCCACCUCCCGGGUGGUGGAGCAAGACCAGCUCCGGCCCGCCUGCCGCAUCAAUGAUGACACCUGGUACAUCCUGCUGUCCUGCGGCGCCUCCUUCUUCGCGCCCUGCCUCAUCAUGCUGCUGGUCUACCUCCGCAUCUACCGGGUGGCCAAGCACCGGACCCGCAGCCUGUCGGUGAAGAGGGACGGCCCGGACGGCUCCUCCCAGACCGAGGAGGCGGCCGCCAGCAGAGCCGCCUCCCUCAAGGAGCCGGGAGACGAAGGGAGUGCUGCUCCCGCCAGCGGGCUAGCAGCAGCGGCGGCGGGAGGGGAGCGCCAGAAUGGCCACUACUGCUCAGCGGCGGAGCCCGACGACAGCUCCACCUCCAAGACCCCACCUUCCAAAAAGGGGAGCUCCAAGAAGGAUUCGAGCCUGAGCCGCCAGCGCCCCUCCCGCUCCAGCAGCCGCUCCUUCGAUGUGUUCUCCACCCGGAGGAGGAGGAGAGGCAGCCGCAUGUCCAGGAGCAAGGCCUCCCAGGCCCGAGAGAAGCGCUUCACCUUCGUGCUGGCCGUGGUGAUGGGGGUGUUCGUGCUUUGCUGGCUGCCUUUCUUUCUCAGCUACAGCCUGUACGGCAUCUGCCGGGAGCUCUGUGAGGUCCCCGAGACCCUCUUCAAGUUCUUUUUCUGGAUUGGUUACUGCAACAGCUCCCUCAACCCCGUCAUCUACACCAUCUUCAACCAGGACUUCAGGAGGGCGUUUCACAAAGUCCUCUUCAAACCCAAGAAAAGGACAUUUUAAUUCAGCCUCUCCUCCCCCCUCCCCACAUACACUGAUGCCCACCCCAUUCUUUGGUUUUCAAACUGUCUCUGGGGUCUGGAAAUGUACAUAAUCUAUAUGCUGAGUGUAUGGAUUUAUCAUAAAGGUGAUGCCUCCAUGUCCUACCAGAUCACAGGGUUGCUGCCUCAUUUGAGCGAGAGGACUGGUGGUGUUCUGUUUCAUUCUGCCGAGCAGGAACUCCACUCUAUAUACUGGCUGUCAGCAGCCAGCUCAGAGUCAGUCCCUAAACUGAGGAGAUCUUCAGAAUCCCCUGUUUGCUUUUACUGCUGAUGUUUUAACCUGACGGUCACCAUGCCUCAGGCGAAGGGGGAGAGGUUGAGAAGGAGAGUCCUUCAUGGUUAAACUCAGCUGGUGUGGGAAUUGAACCCAUGCAUCACUCUGCAUUGCAAACUGUGUUUUAUAUAUUAUAUAUAUACAUUCUCUCUCCAUAUAUAUAUAUGUACAAAUACUUAUUGUUUGGUUUGAUUAUAUAUGAUGAUGGUUCGAAGUAUCCAACCAGCCAAACGUGAAAGAGUUAAAUUCUAACUAACAUUUAGUUCUGAUAUUUUCUUGUGCCAAAUGUUUCGCAGUUACAAUAUGUAAUACUUAGCUUUCUUCCUUCCCCCAUCCAAAUUUGUGCCUGGCAACAUGACACUGUUCAAAUUUUUUAAUCGCCAAAUAUGUGGAUUGAUUUCAUUUUUAUUGUUGAUCGUCAUCAUUGAAUUCUUUGUGCGAGAUUGCACUUUCAGUAACACCUGUCCGUCUGAUUUGAAUACAACAAUUUGUUCG